CUAUAUAUAAACAUAGAGGGAAAACCAACUUACUCACAACCCUUCUAUUUCUCCCCCACAACAAAAACAAAAACAAAAAAAAACAAAAAAAUGCAAGACUACGAUUUCGAACAGGGACUGGUCUGUCCCAGCUUCAACAGCUACUCCUCCGACAAACUUGCAGACGUCGCAGCCAAAGUCUGCCAAGAGUUCGACAACCUCAAUUUGCUCGACAAAUCCAAUUACUCCGCUGAACAGAAAGAACACGAUGAUCAUAGAAACGACGACGUCGACGACGACUUCGAGUUCGUCUCGUUUCAAAGUUCCGGAAGCCAGGUAUUCUUUGACGACAACCAGAUCGGUCCCGUUUUCCCCGUAUUCAACCGCGACCUUCUGCUUGACAGAAGUCAACGAGAUCUCGCGGCCGCCCCUAAUAAUAAGGAGGUUGUCGAGGAGGAGGAGGAUGAAGACGAUGCUGCUGCUCUGCCGUCAUCGUCGUCCUCCGACGUGGACGAACUGGACUCGGUCCCACAGGGGACGUACUGCGUUUGGAUGCCGAAAUCAGUGGUGGCACAAGACGCUCGCGGGAAGUGCAAGAUUAAGAGCAAGUCGACCGGAACGUCGUCGUCCAGGCGGUGGAGCAUAAAGGAUUUGCUGCGGCGGAGCAACAGCGAAAGCGGUAGCAAGGACUCGUUUGUGUUCUUGACCCCUUUGUCAUCGAGCUCCAAAAAGGCAGCAGAAGAAGAACCCAAGGAAAUUAAGAAGAGCUCCGGGUCCGGGUCCGGGCCUGGAUCGGGAGGCGGGCCGAACAAGCCCAAAGGGUCGAAGGCUGUGUCGAUGGCGCACGAGGCGUUCUACGUGAGGAACAAGACGGUGGCCAAGGACGGGUAUAACAAGAGACGGUCUUAUCUUCCGUACAGGCAAGACCUCGUUGGGUUCUUUGCUAGCGUCAACGCCAUGAGUAGGACCUUCCCUGCUCUCUGAUUAGCAGGUGCAGGUUCCUAAUCAUAGUUUUGUCCUCACUAUAAGCUUAAUUAUAGUUUUGUUUUUUUCUUCAAGCAUAUCUAAGUUAUAGAUUUAGACGGCUUAUGCUUAUUUUGGACCUAAUUUACUUCCCGUACAUGUACAGGUUAGUGUAUUGAAAAGUUUGAGUAAGUUAAUUGUUUGUUCAGAUCAAUUAUGGGUUGUAUUUUAUUUUGGCAUGAAUUUAGUCUUUUUGGCUUGC